GUACUAUACACUGACUCAUAAUCCAAUCGACACAGCAGCGGCAGGCAGCGAGACACACACACAGAGCCCAGCUCCCGCUUCGCUCUCCGCCUCCCCUCCCCGACAGCAGCGGCGGGGCUGGCCGGGCCCUGGAACGCGCGGAGCCCCCUCCCCUGCCGCCGCCGCGCGCACCCCGAGGCGCCAGGGACGGGCACUUGCUCCUGGGCUGCCCCUGCUGCCUGCCUCCUCCUCCCCCCCGCCCAGCCCUGGCCGCCGGCUGCUGCAGCCGCACCGCCCCAGGUCCCCGCUGCUCCCGCGUGUCCCUCCCCGGCCGCUGGAUAGAGACGCAGGCAGCUUCCCUGAGCAGCACCCAGAGCGCUGCUCUCCUCCUGGCAGGAACAUGGCAGAUAAUCUAAGUGAUGCCUUGAAGAAGCUGAAGAUAACAGCCAUUGACAGCACAGCAGAUAGCUUGGAAGGAUGCUUGGAUUGCCUGCUUCAAGCCCUGGCUCAAAACAAUACCGAGACAAGCGAAAAAAUCCAAAAAAGUGGGAUUCUUCAGGUGUUUGCAAGUCUGUUGACUCCACAGUCUUCCUGCACGGCAAAAGUAGCUAACAUCAUAGCAGAAGUAGCCAAAAAUGAAUUUAUGCGGAACUCAUGUGUGGAUGCUGGGUUGAUCCCUCCACUGGUGCAGCUCUUAAACUGCAAAGACCAGGAAGUGUUGCUUCAGACAGGUCGUGCCCUCGGCAAUAUAUGCUAUGAUAGCCAUGAGGGCAGGAGUGCAGUUGACCAUGCAGGUGGUGCACAGAUUGUAGUAGACCAUUUAAGGUCACUGUGCAGUAAAACAGAUCCAGCCAAUGAGAAGCUCUUGACUGUCUUUUGUGGCAUGCUGAUGAACUAUAGCAAUGAGAAUGAUACCCUGCAAUCUCAGCUUAUCAAUAUGGGCGUUAUCCCUACAUUAGUGAAAUUGUUGGGCAUUCAUUGCCAAAAUGCAGCUCUGACUGAAAUGUGCCUUGUUGCAUUUGGCAAUUUAGCAGAACUUGAAUCAAGCAAAGAGCAGUUUGCCUACACAAACAUUGCCGAAGAGAUUGUAAAACUAUUCAAGAAACAAAUCGAACAUGACAAAAAAGAGAUGAUUUUUGAAGUUUUGGCUCCUCUGGCAGAAAAUGAUAUCAUUAAACUGCAGCUGGUUGAAGCGGGCCUGGUCGAGUGUCUACUUGAGAUUGUCCAGAAGACUGUAGACAGUGACAAAGAGGAUGACAUAGCUGAACUUAAAACAGCCUCUGAUCUUAUGGUUUUACUACUACUCGGAGAUGAAUCCAUGCAAAAGUUAUUUGAAGGAGGAAAAGGCAGCGUCUUCCAAAGGGUGCUUUCAUGGAUUCCUUCCAAUAACCAUCAGUUGCAGCUUGCAGGAGCACUGGCUAUUGCAAAUUUUGCAAGAAAUGAUGGAAACUGCAUCCAUAUGGUGGAUAAUGGGAUAGUUCAAAAGCUGAUGGAUCUACUAGACAGACAUGUGGAAGAUGGAAAUGUAACGGUGCAGCAUGCAGCACUGAGUGCACUCAGAAACUUGGCUAUUCCUGUUGUAAAUAAGGCUAAGAUGCUAUCAGCUGGCGUUGCAGAAGCGGUACUGAAAUUUCUCAGAUCGGAGAUGCCCCCUGUUCAAUUCAAGCUGCUGGGAACGUUAAGAAUGUUAAUAGAUGCACAAGCAGAAGCUGCUGAACAGCUGGGAAAGAAUGUGAAAUUGGUUGAACGGUUGGUGGAAUGGUGUGAAGCCAAGGAUCAUGCAGGUGUGAUGGGGGAGUCAAACAGACUGCUUUCUGCACUUAUACGACAUAGCAAAUCAAAAGAUGUAAUUAGGACCAUUGUUCAGAGCGGUGGCAUCAAGCAUUUAGCUACCAUGGCAACUAGCGAACAUGUAAUAAUGCAAAACGAAGCUCUUGUUGCUCUGGCACUAAUAGCAGCAUUAGAAUUAGUCACUGCUGAGAAGGAUCUCGAAAAUGCUAAACUAGUCCAGAUUCUACACAGACUGCUCUCAGAUGAGAGGAGUGCUCCAGAAAUCAAAUACAACUCCAUGGUUUUGAUCUGUGCUCUCAUGGGAUCUGAACCCCUUCACAAGGAAGUGCAGAACCUGGCAUUUCUAGAAGUUGUAUCAAAACUCCGCAGCCAUGAGAACAAAACUGUUGCCCAGCAGGCCUCACUAACAGAGCAGAGACUCGCAGUAGAAAGCUGAGGAAGGUCUCCAGUUUCCAUACAGCAUCCCAUCAUGGAUUUCACCUUUGUCCUCUGUCCUGCUGCCGCUCCUGCUAUGUUUUCCACUGUAUCACUUGUGCAUGCAUGUAAUGUUCCCACACAAAUUGAUGAACUGCUGUAGGUACCUGUCCAAUAAGGUUUCUAAAAUCCAUAGGUGGUGUUAACAGAAAUCUGUCAGAAACAAGUCUGCACCCAUAAAUGUUCUACUUGUAUUCUUGUUGCUUGGGCCACACGGUAGAAUGUGCAUGUUGUAGUCCUAUGAUGAUGUAAAAGUGGUACUACAUGAUGACUCUUUCCUCACACCCCUAACUGCAUAAUAACGUACUGCUAAAUUAGGGACAAUACAGGAGGCAGCACGUCCAAGCUAGAGUAUUGAUUAUAGGAUUAAAUAGUAAAUCUAGCUCCAUUUUUGGUGCUUUGGAAACACAGGUAUGAAUGGAAUAUAUUGCUGCUCAUUCACUGGUCUUGCCUAGUAAUGUCAAACUCACGGUACCUAGAGGUAACAAAUAAAAAUUCCAGUGCUCUCACACUUAA